AUGAAGGCUUUCUUGCUUUCGUUGGCAAGUCUGUUCGUCAGCGCAGUCUCAGCCAGUUACACACUUCCUUCCAGGCCACCAACUGUCGGUCCUUUUCUCAAACAAGUGGAUAAUUCGACCUGGGUUAUUGGAAAUGAGCUAUGGAACGUAACUCAAGGCCAGACGUAUGGUACCAAACUGUACUAUAAGGACCACGAUUGUGUUGGCGAUGCCGUCGGACAUUAUGUCAGUUACAAUGGCGCAGCAAGCAACCUAAACUGGACCUCGGCCUCUGUUGUCAACGAGGGUCACGUCUAUGGCUCCAAGUACAUCGAUGUCAAGUUCACAGCCACUGAAGGCGACUUUCACUGGGUCAUCUUUUCUGGCCUCGCCGGUGCUUACCAGUACUUUGUGAACCAUGACCUACCAACGCUGGGCGAGUUCCGCACGCUCUGGCGCCUCGACAACACGACUUUCCCGAAUGGAAAGACGGACGUCAGAGAUGAGGCACUCCCACCGCUGGACGAGUACCUCGCCGAUCUGAAAGUGCAGGAUGAGACUUGGCUCAAGCCCGAUGGUUCGGGAUACAUAACCAAGUACGACUUUACGAGCUGGAUCCGGACGCAGACAUAUUAUGGUGUCUACGGUGACGAAUUUGGCAGCUGGUAUAUCAAUGCAGGCAAGGACUAUUAUAAUGGCAAUCACCUCAAACAGGAACUGAUGGUCCACCGCGAGUCCGCAACUGGUGAUGCCGUGCAGCUCAACAUGAUUCACGGCACGCACUUCAUGGUGUCAUCUUCGGACGUCUUUCCCGACGGAAAGCUCUGGGGACCCUGGCUUUGGUACCUGAAUGAUGGCUCCAAGGAAGAUGCUGCCGCACGAGCCAAGAGAGAGUUUGCCUCGUGGCCCUACUCUUGGUUCGAAGACGAGGACUACCAGACUCGCGGCUCGGUUCGAGGCAAGCUGGUGCUCUCGGAUGGUCGUCCGGCCAGUAAUGCGGCCGUGUUCCUCGGCGACAAUACGCCAAACAAGACGGCGCUGGACAUGGGCACCGAGUACUACUACACGGGCUACGCAGACGCCCACGGCUAUUUCGAGUUCCGCGACGUGCGAGUCGGCACCUACGGCCUGCAGGCCUGGUCCAACGGCAGCUCCAUUGCCGACGUGACGACGUCGCUCCUCCAAAAUAAUGUCGUCGUCUCCAAGAACCGAGCCACUGAUCUCGGCGCCCUAAAGUGGCAAAUCUCGAAAAAGCAGACCCUGUUCCAGGUCGGCGAUUUCGACCGCUACAGCUACGGCUUUGCGCACGGCGGGGCACCGCACCAGCACGCCCUAUCCGACCUGUGCCCGGCGGACCUACUCUACACCGUCGGCGAGAGCGCGACCGCGGACUGGUGUUUUGCCCAGACCAAGCUGGGCAACUGGACCAUUGCCUUUGAUCUCGACGCGGGAUACCCGACCAACCGGACGGCGACGCUCAUUGUGUCGCUGGCCGGCUACUCUUCUGGGUCCAGCGCGGCGGUCCUUGCCAAUGGUGUUCAGAUUGGCAAUCUGACCAGCGGCGCUGGGUCGGCUAGUAAUGCCACUCAGGGUCUGGUGAAUGAUCCGUGUCUAUAUCGCAGCGGUACGGCGGCGGGCGAAUGGCGGUACUUUGAAUUUCCUUUUACUUCUGGGCUGUUGAGCUCGGGUGCCAAUGAGGUUACGUUCCAGAUUACGCGGAAUUCGACCUGGCAUGGAUUUAUGUGGGAUAGUAUCAAGCUUGAAUGGUAG